CCCGUCUUCGACCGCUCGGAGACGAGCACCGGGAUCGCGCACAUCGGCGUCGGGGGCUUCCAUCGCUCGCACCAGCAGGCGUACAUGAACGAACUCCUCGCGCGCGACUUCGACGCCGCGAAGACGUGGCUCUACACCGGCGUGGGCGUCAUGCCGAACGACGCGGGGAUGCGCGAUUACCUCAGAGGCAACGACUGGUCGUAUCCCAUCGUCGCGAGAGACGGCGCCGACGGCGGCGAGUUGCGCGCGACGGUGGAAGAGGUGGUCACCAUCCGCGACAUGCUGCUCGCGUACGAGGACCCGGUCGUCGCGAUCGAGGCGCUGGCGGACCCGGCGAUCAAGAUCGUGUCGCUGACGAUCACCGAGUUCGGGUACCGCGUGCCGCUGCACAAGGGCGACUUCGCGCUGAUCGACAACGCGCUCAACGGGAUCCUCGGCACCGACGCGUUCGACCUGGAUUCCAUCGCCGAGGAGUGCGCGCUCGAGGAGGAGUGCAAGGCGCCGACGACGUUCGGGCUUAUAUGCGCCGCCGCCGCGCUUCGGUUCGAGCGCGGGAUCAAGCCGUUCACGCUCAUGAGCUGCGAUAACUUGCCGGAGAACGGCGAGGUGUGCAAAAAACGGAUGACGAGCGCGGGGGAGGAGCUCGUGUGCGGCGGGCUCUGCGCGGCUUCGCUCGACGCGUUCGUCGUGUGGAUUCAGACCGCGGUGAAGUACCCGUCCACGAUGGUCGACAGGAUCACCCCGGCGACGUCGUGGGAGGACAUCGCGACGCUGCCCGAGCGCUGCGGAAUCGAGGACGAGUGGCCGGUGAUGUGCGAGCCGUACAAGCACUGGGUCAUCGAGGAUAACUUCGUCGACGACGAGCGCCCGGCGUGGGAGACGGUCGGCGCCGUCGUCGUGAAGGACGUGAUCCCGCACGAGCUCAUGAAGGUCCGCCUGCUGAACGUCACGCACAGCGCGAUGUGCUACGCGGGGAUUCUCGCAGGUUUGACGCACGUGCACGAGGCGGUGACGCACGGGAAGCUGCGCGCGUACCUCGAGACGUUGAUGCGAGACGAGAUUUCCGCGACGCUGGCGCGCAACCCGGGCAUGGACCCGGCGUUGAUUCCCACCUUUGACGCGUACGGCGAGAGCGUGCUGAAGCGCUUCGAGAACGUCGCGGUGAAGGAUCAGCUCGAUCGCAUCGCCAUGGACGGCAGCGAGAAGUUCCGCGUGCAGGGGCGAGGGGUCGUCCUCGAGGGACUCGCGCUCGGGUUGGAGAUGAAGGGCUUCGCGAUGUACGUCGCCGCGUGGGCGACGUUUUUGGCGCGCGAAGUCGCGGAGGGGAGAGAGGUCAAGGACGCGGGCGGGCAGCAGGUCACCGCCGCGUUCCAGAAGGGCGGCACCGGUAUCGAGGCGUUUCUGGACAUGGUGGACAUCUUCGGCGAGUUG